ACGGCCACUAUCAGCAUCGUUAUUGUCUUCCAUACGCUUCUGAGUGUUGCGAGUGCGCUGUCGCCAUCAGUCCUGUCUCCCGAUUUUACAGGUCUUCCCUGCGGCUCUAACGUUCUGGACCCAUCACCGUCAUCCUCACCAAAUAACAUUAGUCAAGGAAACACUUGUCAAGCGCCCAGUCCGUGCCUCGCAUGCACACGUCAGGCGUCUGGGACACAGACCUGAGCAAAACCUGCUUCCACGUAGCAUCUGGACCACUAGAGGGAAAAGCACAAAUAUUUUAUACCGAGAUCUGUAUUUCGUCAGUCGGGGUUCUAGGAGGAGCAGAGCCACGAGGAGGUGGGGAGCGUUAAGCGGGACAUGACCUUCACAUUUCAACCAGAGGACCUAAAACGUGACUCUAGCAAAAAAAUGUCUCGUCAGCACUCAUUCUCCUCGGCCAUGGAGGAAGACGUGAAAACAGCCGACCAUGAAAAAGAAAACACCCGCUCCGUCUGUCUCCUCGAGCAAAAGCGAAAAGUCGUUUCUUCCAACAUCGACGUCCCCCCAGCAAGGAAAUCCUCAGAGGAACUGGACAUGGACAAAGUGACAGCAGCAAUGGUACUAACCAGCUUGUCCACCAGCCCUUUGGUUCGAAGCCCUCCUGUGCGGCCCAGUGAGGGCCUCAGCGGCUCCUGGAAGGAGGGCGGCGCCGCGUCCGGCAGCUGCAGCAGCGGCGGCUACUGGAGCUGGAGCGCGCCCAGCGACCAGUCCAGCCCGUCCACGCCGUCGCCACCGCUGUCCGCCGACAGCGCCAAGCCCUUCCGCAGCCCCGCGCCCGACGACGGCAUCGACGAGGCCGAGGCCAGCAAGGACUCGCAAGCGAGAGGCACCGCCUCGGCAGCCAUCAUCCCUUACUACUGCGGUGAUAACAACGACGUUUAUAGUUACGGAGGGGCCCGCGUCCAGCUCCACGUGUCGGAACAUCGGCAGCGACGCAAGGGCAGCCGAGUCCCAGCCCGCUUCGCUUUCGCAGCCGUCUGGACCGGGAGCCACGGGCCCGUGGACGAGGGGGCCUCCAGGCAGAGGGACAGAGCGCCGAGCCGGCGGAGGGAGCGUCAGCAGCGGGGUUCGGCGCCAGACGCCCGCACCCCGACCGGCAACCACGGGGCCGACUUGUCACGACAGCUCAGCCUUGCGUGGUGUAGGACUUCAGCUACGCGGGACCCCACGGUGCACUUUCUGGUGUGCAGAAUGCCAAGUGCCGGCGACGCGAACUCUUCACUCGUGGCCGGUGGGAGUCCAAAACGGUGCGGCCCCUCGGAAGACAGUUUGGCAGGUUUCAUCUGCAUCCGCCGUUGGACCCAGCCCUUCCACUCCUGGGUGUGCACCUGCGUCCACGGAGACCUGCAGACAAGUGUCCACGGCAUCGUUCGCCAUCGCCGCAAGCUGGAAGCGGCCCGGAUGUCCACGAACAGGAAGAGGGGUAAACAAACUGCAGCACGUUCCCCCGACGGAAUUCCACACCGCGAACCGGGACGAGCCGCCGACACGCGAAGCGGUGCGCGCGGCCCGGGGUCGUCAGGCGAGGUGAGGGAGGCGGACGCGGCUGACGGCGCGCGAUCCUCCAGCCGCGAAGCUCUUCCCAGCUGGCUUGUCGCCUCGGCGUUGUCAGCAGUGCGCAGAGCUGGAGGGAGCUUAGCUCGUGCUCGCUACGCUCCGAUUCGUCCGUCCUCACACGCCUCACAGUCCCUACGCGCCUUCGGCAAGUCGAGAAACUCCCCAAGUGGCGAGAAGGCGGGUGAGGCCGCCGUCCCACUGCCUCGUUUGGACUCGUCCCUGGGCAUGCGUAUGAUGCUUCAGCAUCCAGCCACGUUGCCGCUCUUAGAACGGAAGGUGGCCUUCGGCGUCACCGUGACAGUGCCGUGGAACUCCAUGAAGGUGAUGUUCAAAUGCCUCUGGAAGAGCUGUGGGAAGGUGCUGAGCACCGCGGCGGGCAUCCAGAAGCACAUCCGGACCGUCCACCUUGGGCGUGUCGGGGAUUCUGACUACAGCGACGGGGAGGAGGACUUCUACUACACGGAGAUCAAGCUCAACACAGACUCGGUGGCGGACGGGCUGAGCAGCCUGGCCCCGGCUUCGCCCUCCCAGCCGCUGGCUUCGCCUCCCACGUUCCCCAUCCCGGACUCCGGCCGAGCGGAGACCCCUGGUGCCAAAACCGAGCCUAAACUGAUGACGCCCCUGAGCCGCUCGGCACCCACCACCCUCUACCUCGUGCACACCGACCACGCUUACCAGGCCACGCCCCCCGUGACCAUUCCCGGGUCGGCCAAGUUCACCCCCAACGGCGGCAGCUUCAGCAUUUCCUGGCAGUCCCCCCCAGUUACUUUCACAGGCAUUCCAGUGUCACCAACACAUCAUCACCUGGUGGGCCCAGGGGAGCAGAGACAGCACCCUCACACGGUCUUGUCGUCCCCGCCCAGAGGGACGGUCAGCCUAAGGAAGCCGCGGGGAGAGGGCAAGAAGUGCCGGAAGGUGUACGGCAUGGAGAACCGGGACCUGUGGUGCACCGCCUGCCGCUGGAAGAAGGCGUGCCAGCGGUUCACC